AUGGAAAGACUCACCUCUGUCUCAGAUAGAAUGCAAUCCACGAGAAAGUAAAAGUACACUACUUAGCAAUUAGCAGAACUUGAGCAGAUCUUUCUCUAGAUGAAUAUUAGCAGCCUCAUUGAGAGCAAAGACUAGAACAUUGAAGAUAGCUGCAAAAGAUUUCUAGGAAGCGACAAAUUGACAAUCUAAUUGACAUCAUCUUAGCUAAUGUUUAAUAACUAGCAAAGCAUAGGAAAAAUGCUGACAUUUGAUCUCCGCUCAAGAAUGAACUACCAUCAAGCUCACUUGAAGGAUUCAAUCAGUUUCCCGAUAGACCUGUGCGACGAAGAGUUUUUCAUAAAAUGGGAUGUCAACUACAUAUAGAAUCAUAUUCUCAAAAACAAAGAGAAAAAGGACUUAUUCAGAAACAGAAAGCGCCUAUUCAUUAACAUCAUAGGCUGUCAGGAGGACUUUCAAACAAUAAUUUUUCAAUCGCCAAUGCUCUUCAACGAGUCUCACAUGAAAAUGCUGAAGAUGAAUCCUAUGUUUAAUAAAAAAUAAUCUCUAGAAGAUAUCUUGUCCUUGAGAAACGCGUUUUUGCUAAUAAAAGCACUAAAAAAUGAAAGAAUAAGAGAAGUUUUCUUGUGUAUUAAUGGGUUUAAUGUAUUCUUGGAUAAGUAUCCCUUCUUAUGCAAGUUUAGAACAUCCAUUCUCUAUCCGAAACCUUUGAUAGCAAAAAACUAUCCCAGCGAGAUCCUUGAAGGCAGAAUGUAUCUUGGAGACCAAUUCCACACAGCCGAUAAACAGAUCAUGAGGCAUCUCAGAAUCACUCAUAUUCUAAACGUCUCUGACAUGAUUCCUUGCUACUUCGAGAACUCUCUGAGUCUACACAUCCAGUAUCUUAGAAUAAACAUCGAGGAUCAAGAUGAUGUGUAAAUUAGAAGAACUUUUCCUCUAGUUUACCAAUUUAUCGAUGAUGCUUUCAAUGAGACUAAAGAUUUCUUUAAGAAUCCCUGCAAGCAGAACCCGCUAAUUGACGAUAUAUUCUAAAGCUAGAUGGAGCUUAGCAAGCGUUAGAAGUUAUAACUGAGAUCAGCAGCGUUACUCGACACCAUAGAAUCCACUUUUCCUAGAGAAGGAUAUGCAUCGAUCUAGAGGAAGCCUAACAAGCAAAACAGAAUUGCCUAUUAAAUUGACUCAGCUGUAGAUACGUUUAAUAGGCAGUCGUCUAAUAGGAAUGUCGUGUUUGUACAUUGUGCUAUGGGAAGGUCGAGAUCUGCUACUUGUGUUAUUAUGUAUAUCAUGAAAAGAUUUCAAAUAUCUUAUGAAGACGCAAUUGAAUUUGUUAAAAACAGACGUGAUUGCGUAGAUCCUAACGAAGGAUUCCUCAAACAGCUUCGAGAUUUUGAGGAAAAGGGCAUGGAGUUCAACAAUCUCAGUCAAUCUCACAAGGACUCCUAAGAUGUCGCUGUUCUAGUACAAAGAAGGCAUUCUAUAUUUUAUUGA